GCCUGCCGCGGCUCGUUAAUCAGCCUGGCUGUGUCUUUAAGCAUGUCCAGGCGGGCUGCCAGGAUGGGAGGGCUUGGGCCCGGCUGACAUCACCUCCCAGCUGGCUGCACGGGGCAGGAAGAGCAGUUGUUUACAGGCUGCCCAAGUGAUCAAGGGAAAACAAAACUAUGUGGCCGUUCUGGGGCCUGGAACUGAACCGAGCCCGCUGUGACCUGCUCUUCACAGAAGCCAUCAAUCAAAGCAUGCAAGUACCCAACAGGCUGAAGGUAGCAGAAAGCUUCAGCCCUGUCGAGGAGGAGCCAGUGACACAAGAUGUCCCUCCUUCCUUUCGGAUGCACAUCCCAGAUAGGAUUUCCCUUGCAGACAUGACGGAUGCUGCUCUGAGGCCCAUCCUGCUAGACCAGCAAAGGAAGGUCCCCUCUAUUGUGGUGCACGAGUCCCCAGACUCCUCCGUGCACUCCGCUGCGCUUGGGGAGUUCCCUUUUCUGCACGUAGCCACCAGAUCAAGCUCCCAGAAGCGCAAACGAUCGGGCCAUCACAGCAGCAGGUCGCGACGGGAGAGAGCUUCAAGUGACUGUGCCCACCUGGCUCUGCACAGCCCGGGCCAGCGCCAUGAGCGGCUGGACACGUGCCCCCUACCCGCUCACAGCGCCUCGCGCCCCCUCCUCAUGCAGACGGACAGGAUCUACUCUGUGCAGAACAUCUUCCAGACCAUGUACCUCCUGGGUCAGGUGCUCUUCCACCGUGUCCAGAACUCUCUGCAAGACCCAGUGCCAUCCAGCUCCCCGGAGACAGGUGCGGCCGCAGAUUGCUCCCUGGAGGAGGUUGGCACGGCUGAGGUGGCAGCAAUGAGAAAACAGUUGCUGAGGAUCUCAGGGAGGCUCCGAGUGCUGGAGGAGCAGUGCAACAGCCGGCGUCAGAAGGAGACUCUGGUCUAUUCCUUGCUGAUCUCUGCCUGCCUCAUCAACACGUGGCUCUGGCUGAGGAGAUGAAGACUGUGCCUUGACUUUCCCUCCGGAACCUGGCAGGGU